UACACACACACAUAGAAUACCCUCUUCUUUCACUUGUUAAUCCAUGCCCACCUCCACCACAAGUGCUUCUUCCCUCUACCACUCAUCAUGGGCAGGUCUCCUUGUUGUGAGAAGGCACACACCAACAGAGGAGCUUGGACCAAGGAAGAAGACCAAUUGCUGAUCGCCUACAUCAAAGCCCAUGGCGAAGGCUGCUGGAGAUCUCUCCCCAGAGCUGCAGGCCUUCUGCGGUGCGGCAAGAGUUGCCGGCUUCGGUGGAUCAAUUACCUCCGUCCCGACCUCAAGCGAGGCAACUUCACGGAGGAGGAGGAUGAGCUCAUCAUCAAGCUCCAUGGCUUGCUCGGAAACAAAUGGUCUGUCAUCGCCGGGCAGUUGCCGGGAAGGACCGACAACGAGAUCAAGAACUACUGGAACACCCACAUCAAGCGCAAGCUCGUCGGCCGCGGCAUCGACCCGCAGACUCACCUCCCGGUGCACGGCGGUGCCGCCACGCCAGGGAAAGCCUUGAAGCCGCCAUCGAGUGCUACCUCGCCGGCGGAGAAGGAGAGGUGCCCCGACCUCAACCUCGACCUCUCGAUGAGCCUUUCUUUCUCUUCUCCGACGCCGUCGGAGGUGUUUGCAGCGGCUGAUCCAGCGGCAGAUGCUACAAGCAGUCCUACAUCAGCAGUCCCACCUCGUCAUGCUCGUGCCAUCUGUUUGUGUUACCACCUGGGUCUCCAAAGCAGCGAAACUUGCAGCUGUCAAGAAAACCCUAGCCAUCAUGUUCUUAGAUACUACAGACCCUUGGAAGAAGGGCAACACACACAUUAACUGUAAUGGAUUCCACCACUGGAUUAAGAUGAUGCAGAAUGUAAGACUACUGUUAUAGUCAGCUUCACUCAUCCAUGUUUAACACGAUGAUAAGUGUUGACACUAC